UGAUUUUUUUGGUUUUUCUUAACUGUCAAAAAAAAGAGGUUUCGUUCAAAAUGGACAAAAGUUUUUCACUCGCCAAAAGACUUGUCUUUCUKUUUUGCUGGCURUGUAAAGCAGUUAGGUGUWCGGGACAAGUACAACAACCAUCGAGUGUAGUUACCUUGGCUUUUAUUGGAGACAUAAGCUUCGACAGUGCAGUYAGAUACUUUCACAAUAAGGGUUUUUGCCAAUACAACACUACCUUCCAGAAAGUCGCGUCGUUUCUCAGAGAGGCUGACCUUGCUAUCGCCAACUUGGAAUCUCCUUUAAUCAACAGUGACAUACGACAUGAUGCCCAGCUAAAGUUUUCCCCUCUGUUGAGUGCAGAACCUGAUAGCAUCCAAGCACUAAGCUUUGCAGGAAUUGAUAUCGUUACUCUUGCUAACAACCACUACGAUGACUACGGAACAAGGCCUGUAAACUACUCAGUACACUUGCUGAGCCAAAUCAGUGUCCAGGCCUUUGGUUACACAUACGGUCGCAAAGAAGACGACAAACCACAAACCCCGCUAUUGGUUAAGGUCAAUGGGAUAAGAAUCGGGUUUCUUGGCUACUGUUCUACUUAUCGCAAGGAGUUGACUCCUGAAGGAAAAGUUUACUUUCAUUGUGUAGAGAAAAGAGGAAAUCUUACAGGUGGUCCAGCCCUUUAUAGUGAUGAAGCUGCCACAAGAGACGUCAACGAUCUCAAGGGAAAAGUAGAUGUCAUAGUUGUUUUUAUGCACUGGGGAAUCGAGUAUUUCACAGAUCCAUCAGAUCGCCAAAAGAAAGAACUGGGGAUCCCAUAUAACAACAGGUUAGUAUAUGACACGUUUGGGACAGUUUUUAUCAAAGCUCCACUUUCUAGGAUCCUUUCGAAGUGCGUUGAGACUAGUAUAACCAUGGAUUUUGUUGGUGAUAUAAGCUUUGAUGGGCCAGUGAAGUAUAAUCAAGAAAAAGGAUUCUGUUCGUACAACAAGACCUUGGAAUAUGUGGCAGGGAUUCUAAGACAACCAGACCUUGCCAUAGGUAACCUAGAGUCUCCGUUUGUCUCCAAGAAAAUGCAACGUCAAGGGCAGUUUCAGUUCGAACCCUUGUUAAGUGCUGAGUCUGCAAGUGUUCAGGCACUCAACUUCGCAGGAUUUGACAUCAUGGGUUUAAAUAAUAACCAUUUAAAUGAUUAUAAAGAAAUGUCAGUAAAAUAUACAGUAAAGAUGUUGAAACAGGCUCAAAUCAAGUCUUUUGGAUAUACACUUGGCCAAUUGAAUGAUGACCUUCCUCAGGAACCGUUGAUCGUAACGAAGAAAGGAAUCAGGAUUGGAUUUCUUGGUUACUGUGAUGUGUUUCACUUUCAUUUAUCUAUGCACCUGCUUUACACUUGUCUAAAACAUAGAAAUUCCCUUAACGCUGGACCUGCAAUUUAUAGCGAUGCCGCUGCUAUAAGAGAUGUUAACAGUUUAAAGCAUAAGGCUGAUGUGAUUGUAGUAUCCAUGCACUGGGGCAUAGAAAAUAAGCAACCUCCAACUGACACCCAGUUCAGACAAUAUAAACAUCUACAGUCCCUUGGCGUUGAUUUGGUAAUUGGCUGCCAUCCACACGUAUUGCAAGGCCACAUGGUUUAUAAUGCGACGUUUGCUGCAUUCAGCCUUGGAAAUUUCUUAUUUGGACCCAUGGGUUUCCGCUUGCAGGCGUUCUACAACAACAGCCAGCCCUCCAUAAGAAUCCAGCAGGAGUUUCAGCGUUACAUGGAUACUUCAAGUGAUCGAUCGUUACUGUCACGCAUUCUUCGGGUCGUUGUAAAUAAGCAAGGUUUUAAGUCAGCUCAAUAUCUCCCAAUAAAGAUUCAAUUCGAUCGCAACAACAAAUGUCUUCAGCCAAGACCUGUCAGUCAUGCGCAGUGGAUCAAAGUUUGCAGCAAGAAAGAUAAGGCUUGUUUGAUGAACAUUUAAACUUGAUACACUUUUCAUUAUAUUCUCGCGUUAA